GCUAUACUUGCUAGUUACCAUACAUCCCACGCCUAUUUGCAUUGAUAAAGGUUCUGCUCGGUCGCCUGUUGGAUCCAGCUUUCAGGAAAUACUCCUGCUUAGCUUACAAGAUACCUAAUAGUUAAUACAUUAUCCUAAGCGUUUGACACCCUAGAGUGUUUACAGCUGCUAACAUUUACCGCUUCGAACCUAAAAGCGCAGCUGCGCGAAGGGAGGCCCGCUCACGACGCAAUUAGAGUGUUAACUUACACCGAAUAUGACGUUACCUUUGCAUCCGGUAACUCCUGGGUUCGACCCGCGGCUAAGGAACCUUGCGGACCGGAAAAUUGCGUCGAACUUGUUCCUCCAGCAGCUAUUGUACUACCGCAUCUUCUUCAACAUCGCCUGGUUAAUCUUUUGGAUGGUUUUCAUCUUUAAGAACUACUGGGUAGGCCUAAAGCUCAAGGAUAAAGACAUCGUGCGGACAAUCUUCUUCAUCUUCUGGUUCUUAGCAGAGCCAAUACGAAUGCUGGCAGGCUGGUACGGCAACCUACAAGAGAACGUACCAUGGCUCCUAAUGUUCACGAUCCUGUGUUUAUUCCCAGAGCAUGGAACAGUCCUGUACCUGCUCGUGGGGUGCAGCAGAAGGAACGCCCUUACCAAGGCGGUCCAAGCCGUCAUGCUUGUGCUCCAAGAACUAGAAAUGUUCACAGGCCUUUACACGGUAUUCACCAUGUACCAGAAGCAGAAGCGGCAGUUCUACCUCUUCGAAUACGUGCUCAAUCAGCGAGCACGGGAACGCAGAGCGCUGCCUGCAGGAGGCGGCGGAGGCAUCGGCUCCGGAACCCUCUCAACGUUGCCCGCACGAUAGCCCCGCCGUACGGCGAUAUACCCAUAUAUGCAAGGCGACCGGCUCCGGCGGCCUAAGCACAU